GGCUGUGAUCCAGUGAUUCCAUGUGCAUCUCAUUUUGACACCAUUCAGGCGAUGCAUUCUUCUGUUAUUUCACAACACCUAGACUCGAUGACUGCAACUCUCAAAGCUACUGAAAGACGACUUUUAAUUCAAAAAGCCAGUCUUUUUAGACGUGUUAGUUACUCAAACUUUGCCCCAUUUGUUAACCUGCUAUUGACUCGAGACAACCUGGAUUAUGUGCUGAGCCAACGUAUACAAAAACCCCAAACUCGAGCCAUUUCCUCAGUGGUGAUCAAAACGCCCAAUUUUGACUGCACCUUGGCCUCAUCCAAGACCAAUCAGUUUCCUGGUUCUGUUAGUAAUGGUUAUACUGACCUAGCUAAAUCAACAACUAGCACCAUCGCUUCUCCAACUCUUCAGGAAUCUUUACAGAAAUCGUCUGAUAUCAAUAAUGAGUUUAUAGUCCCAACCUAUUCCACUGUAUUAACGACCUCUAACUGGACAGUUCCUUCGACUAUAGCUUCAAUUAUCGACCCUACUUCUAGUAGGAGUGUUGAUGCUGUCAGUAAUAAUGGGGGCGCCAUAGCUAGGUCAAGAAACAAAUUGACAAACUCGCAGCGCGAUCGCCGUCGUUGCCACUCUGGUAGUAUGCGACUUGUUGACCAAAUGGUUGGUCAGAUCUGGGCCUAUCGCCGAGAUGUUGAUGUAAACAGAGAAUUCAUCGCGAUCCUUAAAGGUUGGUGUGCUUGA